GCCCCAGGGUGGCUGCAGGGCUGCGGGGUGGUGGUGGCAACCAGGAGCGAUGCCGGCACAGAGAGAUCAAAUCCUCGUGAUGCACGCAUUGCUCAGCACCUUCCCAGAACCACACAGAGCACACUGAGUGCUGCGACCUUCCUACAGCACAGAGCUGUGUGGAAGACAGAGCUGUCCCUGCAGCAGUGAUGUGAUGUGGCAGCAUCCUCACACCGCUCUGCUCCCGCUGUCCCAUGGCCACACUGCUGCUGCCUCCGCUACCUGCGUGCCGUUGCGUUUCUGUGCCUCUCAGCAUGCACGUACAAUCUGGGCAAAGAUUCCUAAGGAAUGAUUUAUUAACUAUAAUAUGGUUAUAGUUGCAUAUAUAUAAAUACAUACAUACCAGCCGUCGUUAUCUAUAACUGAAGGCACAUUUUAAGUUCACAUGGGCAAGACUGCUGCGUCCCCUGUGCUACUCCCCAAGAGCCAACGCUGCAGCACUGCUGUGGUCCCCUCUCCUGCGGCAGCAGCGAUGUGUCCCUUUCAGCAGCAGGGUGCCCAUGAGCGCAGUGUUGCUGUGUGUGCGUUCGCCCGUAGAUCUUUUGCCUGCAGUGAAGUGCCAAUGAGUGCCCACCCCGACUGCUCUCCGCUCCCACCGCAUCCCUCCAUCCUCCCCCCCUUUGCGUUGACUACUGCCAGGAUCGCUCUGUACACCAUCCGUCACUGCCAUCAGCAUCGAUUUUGUACGUACAGUAAUUUCCCUUUUAUAUGUCAGGUAAAUAUUUGUAAGAGUUAUACUCACACAAAGGAGAUUAUUAUGAUGAUUACUAAUAUAUUUUUUUUCCAUGUUUCAUUGCCUGAGUAAAAAUGGUGUUUAUCACUCUUGAAAGGUUUCAUGCUGUUUGUAAGGGUGGUGAGCGGCUUGGGAGGAUUUAACUCCUGGGAAGGGCCUGAUUCUACCUCGUGUGUGUGGAUGGGGUUGGGGUUGGGGCUGGAUUAGGGUUAGAAGAGCAGAGCACAGCCCUGGGGAUGGGUUGGGAUUGGGUUAGGGUUAGAAGAGCAGAGCGCAGCCCUGGAGAUGGGUCGGGGCUGUGCUGUGCCCAUCGCCGUGCCCCUGGGCAGCCCCUGCCCUUGGAGCUGCGUCCCCUCCCAGCUCAGGUGGCAUUAGGACGGGCUGCGCUAAGUGCGUUAUCCUCAGCCCAUAGAUCCAAUCGCCCAAGCAGAUUACCUUAAGACCUCGGGACAAAAGAGAGCCUAUGCGCCCCGCGCGCGCACUGCUCGCAAUGCUGCCCCUGAAGACCCUCCUGGCUCUGACCAUCGUCACCUCCCUGGCGCGGGAUGGUGCGGCGCUGAGAUGCCACAAAUGCGUCGCAUCCAACGAGAACGACUGCAACAAGCAGGGCUCGCACAGCUGCCCUCAGUACGCGGACGCCUGCUCCACCAUCACUGCUCCCAACAGCGUCAUCAAGUCCUGCUCCUACAAGUCCUUCUGUGACCAGGCACGGCGCAGCUCCGGGGGGGCCACCCUGCACUGCUGCUUCAGCGAUGACUGCAACGGGCCGCGGGGCUCACGCAGCUCUGGGGCAGCCAUGAUGCCACACCUGCCCUGCCUGCUGGCCGUGGGGCUGGCGGGGACACUGCUGCUGGGUGUGCCGUGAUGGGCACAGCACGGCCAGGGGGUGGCACGGCCAUGGGGGUGGCGCGGCGUAGCAUCUCGGUGCAGUAGUGUAGGCAUUGCUCACCAGGAGCGCGGCACGUAGAGUGGCUCAAAUAAAGGCUGCAGCUGAAAGCCA